AUGGAUGGUGUAAAUUACCUACAACGUGAUGGUGUAAUACGAAGUAUUGUAGUAAAAAAUUUCUUAUGUCAUAAAUAUUUAAAAGUCGAUUUUGAGAAAAGCAUUAAAUUUAUAGUUGGUCACAAUGGUUCUGGUAAAAGUGCUAUCCUCGAUGCUUUGAUUUUGGGUUUAGGCGGCAAAGCAUAUAACACUCAUAGAUAUGGUCAAAUCAAAUCCUAUGUUCAAACUGGUGCAGAAUUUGCUUCUAUUCAAAUAAAAAUAAAAAAUGAUGGUCCAAAAGCAUACAAAUACAAUGAAUAUGGAAGGUAUAUUACAAUCAUCAGGGAUAUUACACACACUGGUGAUUCAACCUAUAAAGUGAAGUCGGCAUCAGAUAAAGUUAUUUCAAAUAGACGUUCAGCAGUGGAUAGCAUCUUGCUGGCACACAAUAUACAAAUGGACAAUCCGGUGUCAGUACUACCUCAAAAAGUUACAAAGGAAUUUAAUGAUCUCAGUGAUGACAAAAAAUAUCUUUUUUAUAAAAGAGCCACUAAUCUUGCUCUAACAGAAGAAAAUUAUGAUAAGGCUUUAGAGGAUUGUUCCAAAGCUAAACAGAUAUUGAAUAUUAAAAAGAAGACAUGUGAAGAUUAUGAGGACGAAUUAAGAAAAUGGGAAAAAAUAAUGGCGAACAUAAACGCAAAAGAAAAAAAUAGAGUAGAAAAAAUGGAAUUGGACAGGGAGUUAAAGUGGAGUACAAUUCGUAAAUGGGAAUAUGAAGUGAAAAAGAGAGAAAGAGAUUUCGAACGGAAAAAUGAGGAAUGGUUACGUAACGAUAGGAAGAUUAACCGCCCUUUAAAUAUCGAUGACAGCUCUUUAAAUGAAUUAAAAUGUAAACUAAAAAAUGAAAUUGAUGAAAGAACUAAAUUGGAAAAUGAGAAAAAGGAACUUGAUAAUAAGGUUUCAACAAAUAAAAGAAAACUUGACGAUAUUCAGGAGUCUAAAAGAAAAAUAUCUAACAUUAUUGCAAGGGAGGAAGAAAAGAUUAAAAAAUUUAAUGGACAAAUACAAGACAUCAUGUCAGGGUCUGCAGCCCAGCGUCACCAGGUGGCGGUGGAGCGCGUAGAGGAGGCCCGCGAGCUGGUAAAGGAGACGCGCGCGCGCCUCGACACCGCAGCAGUGGACGCGGCCAAUGCCGACGCGGAGUGCGAGCGCGCCCGCCAGCUGCUGCACACAGCGCAGGCGAACUACCAACGCCUGUCAGAGAAGUUGGGGCGGAUGUCGAACAAAGAGCGCGAGCUGCAGCGCAACGCGGGCCCGCUGUCCAAAUAUGGCGCUUACGCGACGCGGCUUCACGAGCGCGUGCUCGCCGCCGCGGCCGCCAACCGCUUCCGCAGACGGCCGCUCGGACCCGUAGGCGCAUAUUUAUCGGUGAGGAACGAGAUAUGGAGUUCCGCUCUGGAACACAUCUUAGGUCAUGCCAUUGAAAGCUAUUGCGUCGAUAAUUCUCAAGAUUACGAGACGCUCAAAGCUGUCAUAGAUGAAGUGUACACGGACAGAAGGGAGAAACGGCCGGACGUGACGUGCUGCCAGUUCCUGGAGCACCCGCACCCGGCGCGCGGCCCGCCGCUGCCGCGGGGCUCCGCCGCGUGCUGCGCCCUGAGCGCCCUCGAAGUGGACAACCCCGUCGUGUACAACUACCUGGUGGACGAGCUCGCGCUGGAGACCAUCCUGCUGGUGCAGACCGAUGAAGAGGCCAUGCAGUUCUGCCAGCGCGAACAAAACGUGCCAAACAACUGCCGCAAGGUGGUGACGUGUGAGUGCUCCGAGUACUUCCCCGCGCCCCGCUACCGUUGCUACGGCAGCGAGGCGCGUCCGGUGCGCUUCCUGCAUGCCAGCGCGGAGGCUGCGCUACGGCAGCUGCGCGCGGAGCACAGCGAGUGCGCGGCGGCGCGCGAGGCGGCCGAGCGCGACGUGCGCGAGCGGCGCGAGCAGUGCGUGCAGGCGCAGGCGCGGCGCGAGCGGGAGCGCGCGCGGGUGCGCGACCUGCACACGAGCAUGCAGCGCCACGAGAGCGAGCUGCGACGCUGCGAGAACGAGCUGCAGCGCACGCACGCACCUCAGCUGCAGGAACGGCAAGAGGAGAUGAAUAUAUCACAGCAACGGUUACAAAAAGCGCGAGAGAACAAAGAUAAAAUUGAGCAACAGGAGAGUGAAUUAGCCGACAAAAUUAAAGAGACCUUGCAAGAACUGAAAGAUGUGAAGAUGCAGCUCAAUCGUGUAAACAAUAAUAUUAAAAAUACUGAUGACAGUUUGGAGAAGAUGCAAUCUGAAUGUAAUAAGAAACUAUCGCAGAUUGAACUCAAAAGAAAAACUCACAACGAUAUUAAAAACAUCCUGGAGGAAAUGAAACGGAAAAAUCAAAUUGAAAUACCUGAGAAGAAAAGGCUUAUUGAAAAUUUAAAAAAUGAUGUAAUCACACAAGGCUCAAGAAUCGAGAAUCCUAGACCAAAACACGUACUGACAGCGUUACUGCAAGACAAAGAGGCGGAGCUGAGCUCGUUCGCAGACGAGCAGUACGACCAGGAGCAUGUGCGCAAGGAGCUGGACAUCGCCCGCGAGAAGUACGAGACCAUCAGUAAAUACCUGGAAGACCUCGAGCAGCUUAUUGAGGAGAUGACGAAGACGGUGGACACGCACCUGCGCUCGUGCCUGCUGCGCCUCAACACCGUCAGUCUGCACGUGCAGAACAACUUCAAGGCAAUCCUCGACAUGCGUCGCAUACAGGGACAACUGCACAUAGACAAUGUAUCAAAGAAGCUAUGGUUCGACCAGGGCGGGCGCCAGGCGUCGGGCGGGGAGCGGACGUUCGCGCUCGUGGCCUUCCUCGUAGCGCUGCAGGAGUGCGUCGAUCUGCCUUUCUUCUUUAUGGACGAGUUUAACGUGUUUCUGGACGGCGUUAACUACAAGAAAGCUGUGGAGUUGCUCCUAAUAGCUGCGCGCAAGCGUCCCGCCUGUCAGUACGUGUUCAUCACUCCCAACGAGCCGCCCGGCCUGCGCUCUGACACCGACCUCGACAUACAGACG